CUCCUGCAGGGGAUCUUCCAGCUCCUGCUCUCCAAAUGAACUCAACUUCUGCUCAGCCAGGUACCAGAGUUGUGCUCCAGUGUAUUCUCGCUGUGGUGUCACAUGUAAGACGAAUCAUCUUCUGCAAGGAUGGGAUGGAGGCGUACAGCCACAAAGCCCAGCAAAGGCAGCUGAGCUACACCCUGGUCCAGAACAUCACGUCAAGAAGUGCAGGAAGAUAUACAUGUGGGUACCAGGCGUUGAAUGAGAAGAAACAUAUGAGUUCUGCCCUCAGUGCUCUCCACAUCCUGGAUGUCCAUGGUGCAGCUGCUGGCGUGACCACCCAGGACAUCGGCAGCUCCCCAGGCAAUGUGGUGAGUUCCCCAGCAAGUCCACCACCCCCAGGCAGCAGCCCCUCACACAAGGCCCAGCUCCCUUCCAGAGGUGAGACAUUGCUCAUCAGCCCUUCCCAGCACAGCCGUCCUCCAAGGCUUGCCUUGGCCACACUGUGUUCCUCCUCUCUCCCAGGGUCAGCCAUGCCCCUGGAGGUCUGGAUCCUGCGCUCUGCCCUCAGCCUGCUCCUGCUGCUGUCUGCCCCCAUCAUCACCCUCCUCCUGGAGAGAUGCAGCCACAGUGCCAGUGAGGCCAGGCAGCCUGGAGACGUCCCUGUCCCCAUGGAUCUCUGAUGUCCCCCUGAGCUCCCUGCUGUCCCCAGUUGGCUCCCUCAUGCUCAGAGCAUGACCCCCAAAGUGGCUAGACUCCCGCUGCUGUUGGGUUCAAGGCAGCUGUGGCAGCAUCCCCAAGGGAUGUGCUGCCACUGCUCUGCUUCCCUUGGCUCAGCGCCUGCUCUCUGCUCACAUCAAGGAUUACCACUGGAUCGCAGACCCUCCCAGCUGGGUUCAACCCCAGCACCCACAUAGCUGCCCUGCCUGCUCACAGAAUCACAUCUACAUCACAGGAUCCAUCUCUGCAUACCGGGAAAACACGAGGGGAUGGAGUCACAGCUGCACCCCCAGGCAGCCAUGCUCUGCAGCUCCUGCAUCACUCCAGCACCUUCCUGUGCCCAAGGUGGUGCUGGCCGCAAUGGGCACAUCCCCAAGUGAUUACAGUGCCCCCUCUCAAGGCACCUUGGUGGGUAUUGGUCCUGUGGGAGGCGAGUUAUAAAGGAUUGGUUCAGAAUGCACCAGCUGAUGUUGCUGCUCUGUAUUUGAGAGGGAAGCCCGUGAGCAGAGCUGGGAGAGCUGCUCUAUGACUGCCAUAUGGGUCCAUGUGUCUUGAAAGGGAGCUCCUGUUCUCUGUGCCCUGUCACCCAAGAGUUCCCCUACCUACUGGCAUUGCCCUGGCAGAUGUGUCAUGGAAAACUGCCUGAGAUCUGAGGAUGGCUGAGGCCAUGGAAAGGUCCAGGGGGUGACCAUGCCUGGCACUCUGCAUCCCAUGCCCACCCAUCCCUGUGCUGGGUCUUCUGUCUCUCAACGCGCCAUCCCUAGGAGACAGCCCUGAGCAGGGACAUUGUGCAUGGGGGCAUCCAGCUGUGGGCCAGGUGGGGAUGGGGUCUCAGCAUGGCUGGCCCCCACACCCACAGACCAUCCCCAGCCUUGCACAAAGGGGUUUUAGACAUCCCACACCAAUACCUGGAAGAAGCCACGGUGUCCCCACUGUGCAGCUCCCAGUGCUGACAUCUGGGUCCUUGGUGUGCAGUGGGGGACUCUGGGAUAAGAUGGGUUCAGGCAGGAGAGGAGCUGCUCAGCUGGGAGGCAUGAGGAUGCAGGACUGCAUGGAGAGAAUAUGGGAUAGGAAAAUGGGGUCAAAACUCAGCAAGAGCUGCUUGGAGGCAGAGCUGGAGGGGACGUGGGUUUCAGGCUCCUUCCUGCAAGCACAGUCCCUCACCUCCCAUGCCUUCAUCAAAGCACUUGUCCCACAGCUUCCUUCAGGCCCAUGCAUGCAUGUUUCACAGCACAAGCCUCCAGGAGACUCUUCCUCAAAGGGAAUAUACAGAGUUAGGUGGACAGAGCUACACCCUCAUUCUCACACAGCCUCCAGCCCUCCUUGGUGAGCCAAUCGCACUGUGGUGUCAGCUGCAAGCUUUCUGAGGGUAACUCUUGUUCCUAACAGUUACAGCCUUUUUGUCUUCUUUGUGGUUGAUUUAGCACUGCUAUAGAUGUGACUGGAGUGUCCCUGUGAAUGGCCUAUGAGGAAUGUUUUAACAACACGUGAAGUGUCAAUAGAGAGCUAUUUGCAUUUGUAUGUUCUUCCUUUGAGGUCUCUGAUGUCUGGGGGUUUCAGAACAACUGCUAACAAGUAGUAACUGUUCUGGCUUCUGAAUCAGACACUAUGCAACCCCCUGAUAUCUGGCCAGGUGGCCAGGAGAUUAAGGAGAAGAAAGAAAGAAGCUGAAGGACGGCUAGAAGACAAAACUUGCAGGGGACCCUGUGUAAUCUUUCAUUAUAAUCCUUUCUUGAAGACUGAGCCAUUUAUAACAGUGGAGGACUUGUUAGUGUUAGGUCAGAGGUUGGACUCAAUGAUCUUGAGGUCUCUUCCAACCUAGAAGUUCUGGGAUUCUGUGAUUCUGUAAUUUGGAUCCCUGGAGUACACUACCAGUUAGCAGCCUUCAGCUAAUGUGGUGCAAUUGCCUAAAGUAACUAGGAAAAUAAAACUAACAUUCAUGUUUUAAAGAAAAUGUACAGCACUGAAGAGGUUUUCAGGGUAGGGUGUAGCUGCAUUACCUAAGCGAUCCCUAGGCUUCCAACCUUAGAUGCUAUCACACUGGGGGAACCUGGUGUGCAGGUUCUAAGGGACAGUACGGAGCAUAGAGUGGAGUGGAGGCACCGCGGCUAGGCUCUGUGAACAUGUAGGGACUCAAUUGUUCUUGUGCACAGGGAGAUCGACAAGCUGCACUUUUUGCGACCCUGAGACAAGGACCCGUCAUGUUUUGACAAAUGCUGUACCCUAGUGUACUUUUCCUCAUUGUAAUAUCAUUAUAACACCAAAACACGCCUCCAACCCAAAAGCUACCUGCCUCCAAUGUGCGACCACCCCUCACUCAGCAUGCACUCUGAGUUUCUCGGAGCCUUUUACUUUAAACAGAUACGUGAUAUUUUUUCACCAAUCAUAACUAAGAUAUGCUUGACUAGAGUCACUCAAGCUCCACCUAAAAGAUAGAAAAUAAUAUAAAUUUGCCUAAGAGAGAGGGGAUGUUGGGGAAGAUACCACUGUCAGGGGAGAUACCAUCCCGAGGGAAUACAGCAUCCUGAGGACCUCCUGACUCCUGGGAUCAGUUGAUGGGCUGAGCUUCUCUUCCACCCUCUCCACCAUUGGGAUGCCUUUGGUUUCCUGCUACACGAGUUGUCUUCUGCAAGAAUGGGCUGGAGGAGUUCAGCCUGAAAGCCCAGCAGGGCAGGCUCAUCUACGCUCUGGUCCUGAACAUCACCUCCAGAAGUGCUGGGACAUACAUGUGUGGGUACCAGCAGAAGAACAAGAAAAACAACGUGAAGAACUCUGCUCUCAGUGCUCCCUGGACCUUCUCUGUGGCAGGUGCAGGUGCUGGUGAGACCACCACUGAUAUCCAGAGCUCCACAGCCAUGGUGCUUGCAGUGGUGCCUCUCAUCCUCCUGGCUGCAGGCAGCUGGUUUGCCAUCAGGAAAGGUGCCUGCAGAGGGAGAUGCCCAAGGCAGCAACAAGUUGACAGCCCGCAGACGGAAGACGCCAGCUAUGGUGACAUCCAGUACUCCACCAUCGCCCAUAUUCGACGGGACAGGCCUCGUCCCAUGCAUCAAAUGAGAAACAUCAUGACAUAUGCCACGGUGACCCGCACCCAGACCCGAUAGCACUGUCACAGGGCAAGGGCACAGGAGCCUUGCCCACAGCUGCCUUUGGCCUCCUGCAGAGGGCUCAUGGAGCCAUAACGUGGAGCUGGGGGGUGCACUUUGGUCUUCUUAGGGGUUUGUUUUCUCAGGGAAGGGCUGUGAGUGUCUAGCCAAGAAGAUGUAGGACUCACACCUCCAUCUACAAGACAUUAAUACUUCUAAAAUAUAUGACCUAUACCAAAUCUUACUGUGACUGUAUUGAUUUUUUCUCAACAAAAGAAAACCUCUCGCUGUGCUCAGUGGAUGAUGUGUACACCUAAGUUGCAUUAUAAUGACACGGGGGUGUUAUUCUACCCACCUACAGAGAUGCCCAUUUUUGACCUACAUGGACAGAUAUCACUGCAGGCAUGUCAUCGCGUGUGUGUGUCAAUAGUGUGUGCACUGCAGAUGUGGUUUUGCUUUGAUGACAAAUAAACAUCUCUGACUUUGUGUUCCUGAUGGCA